AUGACGGCCAACGGCUCUGAGACCCAUAAUGGCAACAAUGAUUCGGCAGAGGCAUAUCAGAUUCCAGACAUCACUUUUCGAGACCCAGGUAACCGCAGGCUCAAAGUGUUGACAAUCGGUGCUGGUGUGUCGGGAAUUAUGAUGGCCUACCUUAUUCAGAAACAGUGUCAGAAUGUUGAGCAUGUCAUCUAUGAAAAGAACGAAGAUAUAGGAGGUACUUGGCUUGAGAAUAGAUACCCUGGAGCUGCUUGUGACGUACCGUCUCAUGCAUACACUUUCAACUUUGCAAUGAAUCCAGACUGGCCACGAUAUGCAAGUCAUUCGCCUGAAAUCUUCAAGUACCUUGACAAAGUCUGCGAGACAUUCGAUCUGCGAAAAUACAUGACUUUCAACACAGAGGUCAUUGGUUGCUACUGGAAUGAGGAAGCAGGCCAGUGGACCGUAAAGCUUCGACAGACAAAACCCGGCUCGGAGCCAAGAGAGUUCGAGGAGAAGUGCGACUUGCUGCUUCAUGCUACCGGGAUCCUCAACAAUUUCAAGUGGCCAGACAUUGAAGGUUUGGAGAAGUUUAAGGGCAAAGUCGUCCAUACCGCAAGAUGGCCGAAGGACUACCAGAAAGAACAAUGGAAGAACGAGUCGGUCGCAAUCAUUGGAUCUGGGGCGUCUUCAAUCCAGACGCUGCCGAAUAUGCAACCCUAUGUCAAACAUAUCGAUACAUACGUGCGCACAGCCGUAUGGUUUAUCAAUAUCGCUGGCAAUAACGGUGCUGGAGAAAUCUAUACCGAGGAGCAACGCAAUGAGUUUCGUGCAGAUACAGCAGCUCUGAUGAAGCAUGCAAAGUUUCUCGAAGAUCAGAUUAAUGGUCUUUGGUCGAUGUUCUUCACGGAUAGCGACACUCAGAAGCAAGCGGCCGAGAUGUUCGGUGCGCGCAUGCGCGAAUUCAUCAAAGACGAGAGAUUAUUGAAAGGAUUUACUCCUGAGUUCUCAAUUGGCUGUCGCAGAAUCACCCCUGGUGACCCGUAUAUGCGAGCAAUUGAAGAACCUAAUGUCGACGUUCAUUUUGCAGCUGUCAACAAAAUCACGGAAGAUUCAGUCAUCGACACUGAUGGCUUAGAAAAGAAAGUGGACACGAUUGUCUGCGCAACUGGUUUCAAUGUCUCUUAUCGUCCUCGCUUCCCUAUCGUGGGUCAGAAUGGAGUAGAGCUAGGUGAGAAGUGGAAGCUCUGUCCUGAGUCUUACCUUGGGAUCACCAUUCCUGACAUGCCCAACUUCGUCACAUUCAUUGGACCGACAUGGCCUGUGGAGAAUGGUUCAGUGAUGGGUCCAUUGGGCUAUGUUGGAGAAUAUGCGAUUAAAUUCAUCAAAAAGAUGCAGAAUGAAUUUAUCAAAUCGAUCGUCCCGAAGCAAGAUAUUACAGAUCUUUUCAAUGCCCAUACACAGGAAUUCAUCAAGCAUACAGUGUGGUCGAGCAACUGCAGAGCUUGGUACAGAAACAACGAGACUGGUCGCGUCAAUGCUGUAUAUCCAGGCAGCUCUUUGCAUUAUUGUCAGGUCAUCGAAGAGCCAAGAUACGAAGACUAUAAUAUCACAUACCAAAACAAACUCAAUCCAUGGGCGUUCCUUGGGUUUGGAUACACAAUAGAAAACCGGAAAUUCGGUAUCGAAGAAGUCGACUGUUCUCCAUAUCUUUCAGAAGACAAGAUAGACCCAAAGUGGAUGGAAGAAGUGAUCAAGAAAGGGGCUUUGGUCGUUGAUCGGGCAUAACCAUUUCACGGCAGCGUUAGGUAUACAAUACUGUACGAUCUCGGCCAGUCCUUCA